GCGGCCGAAGCAGCGAGCUGGCGGCCCGUGGGUUGGUUACGUAUGUGGUGGGGGGUGUUCCCCGUGAGUGACGUCUCCAAUCUGGCAUCCAUGGUUCGGGGCAGCCUGACCGGGAAGCGUGGCCAGGCGGCGAGCGGGGCCGAGCAAGAACGGAGGCUACCGAGGGAGGCCGAGCUCGAAAGUCGCUCGAACCCAGUGGCAGUGCCUCAGUGCAUGCACAGCGGCCGGCCGGCGUGCAUUGACGGUGAUAGCGACGUUUCGCUUCCCGGUUUCGUCCUCUCUCUCGGGAGGGAAGGUGUCCCCUUUUUUUUUUUCUUUCUUUUCAUUUCGUCACAGACGCCACCGUACGAAAACGUGCGCGACAGAGGAAGAACGCGACGAGAGGCGCCCUCGUGCUCGCGGCCACCAGGGGCACCGGGCCUCGGGGCCCGGGGGCCAUCCCGUUGCCCGUGACACGCGGUUAUGGGAGCUCCUAGGCUCGUCCCGGUGCGGAACCAGCUACGAGAUCUGUGCGCGGGCGUUACCCCGUCUCGUUCCUCUCGCUGGCUAGAAAUUCUCGCCCGACCACAGCCAGACCCCGCAACGCCCUUAUAAAAAAGAUGACACGCGAUACACGGUGAUUAGCAAGAGACCCAGACCUGAAUCCAUCCCAAAGAUCCUCUCGAUGUGAUCCAGGGAUAGCCAGCUACGGAAAUGGAACACGUGGAGGGUCGUCGAGUGACGUUUCGGUGAAGAGGUGGUUUCGUGUCGAGUACAGGAGUACGGGAUAGUGGGUGGAAGAAGAGAGUGCGAGGACAGUGGGAAAAUUAAGAAAACUGGCGUCCCAAACACGUGACGGUGGCUCUCGCGGGACUCGGACCCGACGAAGGACCAAUGGCGGGGGUUCCCUGUCCAGUCGUGGCAGUGCAACUAGCAUGCAGUGCGGUCUUUGCGCAGUCGUCGCAGGACUCUUUCGCAGAGCCAUGUGCAUCGCCGGCAGCAGACGGGACUCCGGGGAAUCCUGCUACCAGGAGCUAGCCACGGACGCCCAGGCGCGACGACUUUCCCAGGUCGCGCCCAUAGAAACUGGCCUGAAGGCGGCUGAGAUCGCCGAACACGUCAAAGAGGCCGUUCAGACCCAGGAGAGGAGGACUGCAGAGAUAACGGUGGACAGUGGGGAACAGAGUGCUGUGUUCGUCCGUAUUUCCGAAGGCGCCACUUUGCCAACCUCGGGCGUGCCAGCGACUCUUACGGAGGUCCACGAUGAACCACCGAGGGAAACUGCGUUCAGGCGUUUAUCCGAGGCGGACCGAAUCCUUUUGGAGAGUUUGGACAUCGGUCGAUCGAGGCACAGGCCCACGGGUCGUUUCCUAACGAUGCACAAGAGACGCCGUAAGAGGCUUACCACGAAAUCCUUAACUCAGGAGCCCGGUAUCCUGGACGAUAUUUUCCAUGGCCUGGUUCAGUGCGCGUUACAAAAGGCCGGAAACUGGCGGUUUAAUGCGUUUACGCUAGAAACAGUGACAGGAGGUCGUUCACUGCCAGUAUUAUGCGUCCACCUCUUUCACUGGUACGGACUUCUGCAGCACUUCAAUCUGGACGUGGUCACAGUGUGGAAAUUGUUCGCGUUCAUCGAGGAGGGUUAUCACAGUACAAAUCCUUACCACAACAGUAUACACGCGACGGAUGUGACUCAGGCGAUGCAUUGCUUCCUCCAAGAGGAAAAAAUUAGGACACACUUAACCAGCCUGGAAAUCAUGGCAUCGCUGAUAGCCGCGGUGACGCACGAUCUGGAUCAUCCAGGCGUCAAUCAACCGUUCCUCGUCGCCACCAGCAAUCACUUGGCCGCUCUCUAUCAAAACAAGUCGGUUCUCGAGAAUCAUCACUGGAGGUCGGCGAUAGGAUGUCUUCUCGAGAGCGGCGUUUCGGAUCAGCUUUCAGCUAGCGUGAGACCAGAACUUCAACGACACAUCAGCUCGCUGAUUCUGGCGACUGACAUCACGCGCCAACAAGAGUUUCUCGUUCGAUUCAAGCACUACUUGGACGAGAACCGUCUGGAAAUGAAGCGCACGGACGACCGUCAUUUCAUCCUGCAGAUAGCGUUGAAAUGCGCCGAUAUAUCGAACCCGUGCCGACCGUGGGACAUCUCCAGAAAGUGGUCGUACAAGGUAUGCGAGGAAUUCUUCCGUCAAGGCGAUUACGAGCGUCGAUUGAACCUGCCCGUGACGCCGUUGUGCGAUCGUCAUACCACCAGCAUACCGAAGAUACAAGUUGGAUUUAUCAAAUUUGUCGUGACGCCUCUGUACGAGGAGUGGCACCGUUUUCUAGGCGACGGGCUCAGCGUCUCGUUGAUGGAGCAUCUGCGUGCCAAUCAGAAGAAAUGGGAGGCUCUGAACCUCCAAGAGGCUGCCGAAGAAACGGAAACCGAGAUCUCUGAGCUGGAGGAAGUGGAGGACGCCGUCAGCUCGACUGGAGACCCAGUGGGAGACGAGGACACCGCGAGUAUCGACUUGCUGAUACCAGCAGCGUACUGUCAGUCCUCUAAAUUGCAGAGCUUGCCAGCGCGAGUCGGCCUCGAACGCGUAGGAAGACGUCAUUCGGUUCCAUUGAGCGUUUCGAAGCCAUUGGUGCUGCUACCGCGCGCUACGAUCCGUCGCGAGAGUCUGCCCAGCGAAAGAAGCAAGUCGAAGAAUCUGUUGCUGAGGCUGGAAGAUCAAAGCCUGCUGGAUCCAAGUUCCUUGUCGUUGCUCUCGUCCAGAAGCAGCAUACACGAGCUGUCGCCGAACGCCAACGGCGGGGAGAGGCCAGUCAGCGCAGAGAGCCUUCUGCCAGAGCCGAGCAUAGCCAGCAUCACCAACAGCGCCGAGGCGUCGAGAUUGAGCUCCGUUCUACAACCAGAUAUUCAAAAGUCAGGCUCCCAGAAGCAGCUGACGAGACAGCAGACCUUCCCACCUCUCCAACCAUACGUUAGAAUGAGAUACUUGUCCACCACCGCGGAAAUGUCGCAAUGUUACUCGCAGAUCUUGAUGGAAGCAGACAGCUCCAGCUCGUCCUCGUCCUCCACCAAGGACAAGUCCUGCUCGGGCGGUCGCUGCGGGACGCCCCCCACAAACGAGGACUCGCAAACGAAGCCUGGGAAGACCACGAAGGAGUUCCUCUCGGUGGACGUGGGCGGUAAGAGACGAGCCUCCGCGAUCACAGACCUGUUCAAGUCGAAAUGCGACGCUCUGCCGAGUGAUCAUCGUCGUCACUCGGUGCAAACGAUACGCGUCGACGACACUAGCUUCAAGAACCGUCACAAGAGACCCUCCUCCGCCCAGGGCACCGACUCCACUCAGAGUUUCUACGCUUCUUUGACCGGUCGCGAGAUGGAUUCGAAACCCGAGCAGUCCACGUCUAAAACGAAGCAGGAAAAGUCCAACCGCGAAGAUCAACGGACUACAGUGACGUCGUGUAAAUCGGAUCAGUGCAGUUCGACGCAAAUCUCAAAAGGCAAGUGCGUCGAGCCCGAAUUGCGAAGAUACUCAACGCCAGUGCCAGUGCCAGAAAUUAAGACAAUACUGACCGACCCCAGUGGUAGGCGAUUCACCGCGAUACCAGUGCCGUCUGAACUCACAAGUCAUAAAGUGUUCUUCAUCGGUAGCCCGCCUGAUUCACCGCCCCUCAUACAGAGCAUAUCGUCGUCGAGCGACAGCGGUAGCGAGCCGCGGAAAAACAACGGCGAUCACGAGAUCGUGUCCACCGGUAGCAAACGGGACUCCGAUUCCGUAAAGGAGAAAAGCUCCAAGGUUGCCAAGCUAAGCCUGGACGUGCAGAUGAAGGAGAACGUCGAUCCACGCGCUGUUGACGAUCCGAAGGGGAUCGCCUUGUCCAGAAAAGGAAGCCAGUCGUGGGCCAGAAGGCGUGGGUCUGCUCCAGUUGGUCUCCUAUCGAGACUAGACGACAUCACGGUACCACCUAUAACGUCUACUAGAGUCGAUCAUACUUCUAGACGUGGAUCUGUACCAGCUGACAUUACUAGGCAACAAGGUGGAGGCUUCAACCGAUUAGCCUUAGGACCUCGAGAAGGUUUUGUAGCGGCACCUAGGAGAGCGAGUCUUCCACAAGAAACUGCUCUUGGAAAUCUUCUUGGCAAUAUUUUAUCUAUAACCAAUGAACGAGAGAAUCUCCCAAUAAAUAAUAACAACAAUAAUAACAAUACCGGAACUAGCAACAAUAACGGAAUAACAAGAAUAAUUGAUAGCACAGGACCUGGCAUGCCGUCUCCGCGGCGGGGUUCAGUGCCAGCAGACAUAUCUGAAUUACGCCGUGAUAUGUUCAAUAGGAGUAGCAUAAAUGGUAAGCCUCGUAAUCGGAAAAAGGUUUUGAGGAGGAGAAGUUCUGGAGGACCAGAAAUGUUUUCUGGAGGAUCCACAGAUGGAAACGAUAAUGGGACAUGGCUUAAAUGGAAGAGGGAACUAGGAAAAAGGGACUCUAUUCCUGAACCGCUCAUCAAGCGAAGAGGUUCCCUGCCCAUAGAGAUGGUGGCCAUUUCUCAUGCUGGUCGGUACAAUCAUAGAUAGAGGAGGAUGUCGUAAAACAAGCCGGAUCAGGAUCGGGAGCUCGAAGAUCCAGUUUGUGGAGACUUUAGCAUGGAUUGGAAACAAGUGGAUCGCACGUACAACCAGCGGUUGAAUAAUUAGAUCAUCGAAUGCUACCGUACUAACAGUCUUUCCUUACAACUUUAGCAGCAACAGCGAUGAUUGACUUCCACGUUCCAAGAUUGCCAAAAACUGGAACUCCUUUUAUCGACCAUACUCGUGGGCAAGUGAAUUUUGUAAAAUUAAUUGAAAUUUCUACAAUAAUAAUUGCAAUACGAACGGACAGUUGAAGCGAUUUCUUCGUCAGUCGCUUACGAUUUCAUUGCCAUCGUCAUAGUACUAAUGCGUAUAGUAGAAGAAUCUACUUAACGAAGACAAAAAAAAGGGGGGGGAAAACAGAAACUGGCUUAUGUAUACCAUAAUCAUUGGCGCAGAAUACAAAUUUAAGAUUGGCAGAUAGUAACGUUAAAUUUUACGACAGGGUCAACAUAGGGAAGGAGAUGAAAAAUAUGAAUUUUAAAGUCUUCCCUGCAAUUUACACGUUCGCGUGGAAGAAAUGAAAUGUAUACAUAUUAGUUAUGUUCGCUGUACAGGUUAACUAAUUCUAGAAACUGGAACAAGUUGAUCUUUUUUAAACGAAAACAAAAAAUUGACGCAAGAAAAGUUUAAUACCGCGAUGAAGGUUAUGUUUUAAUGAUAUGUUUUCAACGAAACGAAUGCAAAUACGAUGUACACUCGCACUUAUCUUUCAAAUGGACUCGUGCAUUUUUAUGCAAAAAGAAAAAAUAUACAUCACAUACAUCGCGAUAUUUAACUUGUUCCUACAUCAAUUUUUUGUAUCUACGCUUGGAAAAAAGUUACGGCUUAUCUCAGUUUCUAAAAUCAUCCUGUAUGUCCAUUUGUGCCAUACACAGAUGUUGUCGAAAAAUUGACACAGUCAAACACAGGGUUCAAUAUGACGAUUAUAAUAAUUAAAAUGCCUAGGUACGGAGAAGGAGAAAAGACUGGUAGAGAAACUCACCGCUAUAAAACUAGACACUUAAAAAGGCACAUAAAUUGAAUGAAACGAAGUGACAUUUGCUCAUAGCUAGAAAAAUUAUGAUUUGUUAAACAAUUUCGGCAGGAUAAUGUUGUAUCUUCGCUCGAUUAGUUAUUUUUCGCGUCUGUCAUCCUCAUUAAAUAUUAUAUUCGUUUCUGCACUCGCCACGAGGGUGAAGUUUUCUUUUUUUUUUAUUUUUUUUUUGUUUUAUUGACAAUGUUACAAAUAAAAUGCAAAAAAAUUAAAUUUAUCGUUAAGUCGGAAAUAAGGAAAUGUAAUAGAUAUGGAAUGUAGCUCUGAUAAAAAUAUACUCGAUAUCAGCAGUAGUUUCCUUUGAACUGUAAUGAAAAUCAAGAUAGACAUUCCAAUGAAACAGAUAGUGACAAUGCGUAGAACACGAACGAGAGUUAAUAAUAAUAACAUUGUAAUUAUUGCUAUUUAUCAUCAUUCAUUAUAAUAUCAUAAUGAUCAUUAUUGUCAUCAUCGUUGUUGUUAUAGUUAUAAAUGAAAUCUUAAUGACCGUUUAAAUAGUUAAACAUUAUAAACUUAGGCAGUAACAAUACCUGCGUUUAAUUACAAGGUUAAUUAGUUAGUGAAUUGCGUGGAAUUAUAACCAUAAUUGUUUAUAAUGAAAACAAAAGAUGGUUACGAUGUAUGGGUUUACGGUACGUGAACCAAAAUCAAUCAAAAGCUGAAAAAUUCGUUGAUACUAUCUCUUAAAAUAUUAAUUUAGUAAUACAUAUUUAAUUAAUAAACUUUGGUUACACGAAGGACAAUUACUAAACUGCCUAUGCACAAACAUUGUAUACAGAGUGAUUUCGAACAUCGUUCUAUUUUACCGUAAAAUUUCAUUUAUUACAGGGUUACUACGUAAAAACGUUUUAAUAGCCUUUUUAAUUAUUUUUUUAAAAAAGAAGACGAGGAAGGAAGUUGAUAACGAAUAUCACGUACUGCUACAACCUGUCGUCCCUCUGACUGUCAGAAAGUAAAGAAAUAUUAUUAAGCCAUUGCAGUUCAGUAAUUAUAUAUAACAAGUCUAAGUUUAUAACUAAUCAAAGUAAUAAUUGAUAUCUGUAUCGAUGUAAUAUAGAUAGGUCAUCCAUUUCCCAGUCAAAAUGUUGCAAGCUUAGCAAACUUCCCCUGGUAAAGUUUCCAGAUCUUCUCAAUGCAGGAACUAUCAGAGCUUUGUAUGUGUUUCACUCGAUGACCAGAAAAUAAAAGGUGUAACAAGAUCACCUAAAUAGAUUUCAAAUCUUUAAACACGAAACGUGAAAACAAUUCUUCAGUUUUCCUAUUUGUAAUGUGGAAAGGCUCUGCGUAAAUGACUUAUCAUAUAAGUGUAUUAGCAACUAAGUUAGCAUAAAACUACUAGUCUUUCUAAUUCUUAAUAUAAUCUAUCUACAGGAUACGUCACGCAUAUUGGGACCAGUUAUACUUGGAAUUUGAUAAGAGAUAGAAGAUCGUAUAAUUCUUUUUCGAUCUCUUACCAAAUUCGAAAUAUAAUCUGUCUGAAAUUCGUGAUACACCCUCUAUAUGUAUAUGUACGUAUGAACGUGCAUAUACAUAUUCGACAAAGAAAUGCACAGAAAAUACCAAGGAACACAUUGACAAAAGAUAUUGAAAACUUUUAUUUAUUUAUACCUCUUGAGACACCUAACUUUACAGACAGACCAAUAAAAAUGGGACUAAACAAAAUCUCUUUGUAAAAAAUUGACCUAGCUUCUGAAGUAAAUUUGAAUUCAAUAUUAUAAAUGACCACUCUGUCCAACUACUUUUCGAAGAAUUUAUAACACCUAAAUAUACAUGUUCCCCGUUAUGCCUCAUUCCAAUAGAAAGCGAUUAAUGUUCUUCGAAAAUUCUUCUCUUCUGCCAUCCUAUAGAUAUCGUGUGUUUGUAUUACACCGUUUUCUAUGAUUGUACUAUCUUAGGAUGUGCAAAAUUAAUAAACCAAUUCAUUAUUAAUUUAUAAGAAUGAAUGUAAAAGUAGGAUAUUUGAAAUACAAUGCAUCAAGCAGUGUUAACGCUCAUGUGUACGUUCAUUUUUUUAUGGAACAAUGUCGCUCUAUCGAACAAUGUCGCUCUAUUUUUAAGCAGUUACGAUAAUUUCUCUUUUUUUGUAAACACUUAAUCUGCGACUCCAAGAAAGUAUUAUUAAACGAUUAUACAAAAUUGUUCAACGUUCAGAGGUAUAAGGUUUCUUUUAAACAAUUAUAAUCGUAAAAAUGCAAAGUUAUAUUUAUAUUAAAUAUAAUUCUUGCGAAUUUCUUUACUAUUUUCUUGAACGACGGAUCAUUUGAAAAUCUAAAUUACUAUAUUCGUUACUAAUGUAGUACGUACGCACAUUUGAUACCUUAGAACAAAAUGAUUAUUUAUCAUCUUUCGAUAUUUCCAAAAUUUAAUGAAAGAACGAGUAAACGACGAAUGUAUCUAUGAAAUUAAAAAGGUAAUCGUUGUAUUCAAAAACAUUAGGUCUGGAUAAUUGGAUAUAUCCUUAAAAAAUAAACAAAGAAAAUAAUCGAAUGCUACAAAAGAAGUUGUUUCGUUAGUUUGACGAUGCCCUUGGUUAAUAGUUUUCUUGUUUGUAAUUGUACAUCGGCAAAAUAAAUUUGUGUGCAAUUCGCAGUAUUGGAAAUGUCAAUUAACAAGUAACAAUUCGUACGUAAUCGGUCCGACGAUAAGAAAAUCGUUAUGUAUUUUCUAUAAUGUUACUGGUAGAUAGCUACUGCGUUAGAUACAAUUAAACGAUGUGUUCUUAUCAUUAUUCAUAAUUAAAUUAUAAUGUUGUUACAAUAAACACGAGGUGCGAAAUAAUACGAUCCGAAUGCCUGCAUGCGUGACAACGAUAAGAAUGCGAGUGUAGUCCAGUCGAUUGUCCUAUUUAUGCUGGACUGUAUGGAGAAAAUUAAUAUAUAUGUAUAUGUAUGUCGUGGCUCUACAUGGCCUAUUAUAUUCAUUAGAUCGGAAUUACUAUAGCGAAUAAUUAUAGUACCCAAAUUUUCUAUCAUUUUCAUUCGGUUGCAUCGACUAUUUAUUUCGUGAAUGUACAUGCAACUUUAUCAAUCGUACAACAAAACUCCCAUUAUAAGUUUAGAAUCGAAUGAUACGUGAUGCGAUAUGUAAACCCGUCUUCUUUAUUAAAAAAAAACACACGCAAAUAUA